UGUACUACAGUACUACAUGUACUGGUGGUGUGGUAAGGAGGCUUUGGAGUUGAAGACUCCUUCCUGCAGAGUGAAGUCAAAAAUAUCCAGCUCAAAACGCCUUUGUGAAGUGUGCAUCUAUUUCUUCAAUUCACACGGGACUUUUUUUGCGACAACCGUGCAGAGUCAAUCGCAUUUGUGAAGCAGAACUGCGAAGCGCGAGGAAAUAGCUUUUUCCUGGUCGUUAAACUGAAGUGAGGCUGCGUCCGACUGUCACUUGAACAGCGUUUAUUCCUGCUAUUUCAGCGUCAUUUGAAAUUGAUCAAAGGAAUCUCUCACUCUACAGCAGGAAUCUCUCACUCUACAGCAGGAAUCUCUCACUCUACAGCAGGAAUCUCUCACUCUACAGCAGGAAUCUCUCACUCUACAGCAGGAAUCUCUCAUUCUACUCCAGGAAUCUCUCCCUCUACUCCAGGAAUCUCUCACUCUACACCAGGACACAAAGGAGAGGAGGAGAAGACGGAGAGAAAUAAAACCAAACAGGGACUCCAUCGUUCAUCCAUCUUCCCCAAGGCUCCACAGGCUGUCCAUCAAUCUGUCCAUCCAUCUAUUGAUCAAUCCAUUAAUACAUUCAUCCCUCCCUCCAUCGGUCAUGAUAUCCUGGGACUGGCUAAGGGGAGCGUCCAUGCUACUGGCGUUCCAUGCCUCCGUCUCCAUGGUGAUGAUUGGGAACGGUAACCGCGGUAACGGUACGGCCCCCGGCUGGGAUGGUAUUCUGGAGAAGUACUUUGUUGAAGAGGGGGACUGGUGGCAGGCCAAGCAGAGAGGGAAGAGGGCCAUCACAGAUGCAGACACGACCGCCAUACUAGAUCUGCACAACAAGCUAAGAGGACAGGUCCACCCACCUGCUGCUAACAUGGAACACAUGGAGUGGGACACAGAGUUAGGAGCGUACGGCCGAGGAGUGGGCUGAGACUUGUCUUUGGGAACACGGUCCGGCUGGUCUGCUCCCAGAUAGGACAGAACCUGGGAGCGCACUGG